CUUUUUUCCUUUUUAACAAAUUUCAAUUAAAAAAAAGAGUUCCGAAUGAAGGUACUUAAUGUUUUAAUGGAACGCCAAAACGUCAAAACUAUUGGGAAGAAUUGAAAAGAAGCAAACUGCUUUCGUUACAAUAUUUUACAAUAUUUCGUUUACAUAUUUACAAUAUUUCGUUACAAUAUUACAAUUGUUUUUUGAGAGAAUACUUUUUAAUUAAAAAGUAUUUUACUUGUUUAAAGGUUUUACUAAUUUUAACGUUAAAAAAAAAAAAAAAAUGAACGAAACGGAACAUUGCAAAGUGUUAAUAUCACCAAGUUUUUCUACAGCUGAAAAAUUGAUUUUUUUAAUUAUAAAUUUAUUUACUGCAUUUGUAGCAAUAUUCGGAAACUGUUUGGUAAUUACUGUGGUAUUUUUAAAUUCAAAACUUCAAACUAGAUCCGUCUGCUUUUUGGUGUUUUUAUCAGUAACAGAUUUAAUCACUGGCGCGUUAGUUCAGCCACUAUCGAUGGCCAUAAUUUUGCGUAAAUGGGACAAUAAAACUAACUGUUAUUUAUCAAUGUUUUUAGCUUUUAUUGCAACUAUUAUGUGUGGAUCAUCGGCAAGCAUGUUGACGCUAAUAAGUUAUGAUAGAUAUAUGCAUUUAUCAAAAUUAAACAAUUAUUCCGUUCAUAUGACUUCCUUUAAAAUAAAGAUUUUAUUAAUUGCAGUUUCGAUGUACCCAGCGUUAACCGGAAUAUUUAUGUUUACAAUACUAAGUUCAGUUUUUUAUUAUUUAGUAAUUAUCGAGUCAUUAUUGCUAAUGAUAAUUAUGUGUUUUUGUUACUACAAGUCAUGGAAAAUCGUCAAGAGUCAAGCUUUAAAAAGAACUCGAAGCAAAGAAAACAAAAGGCUUGUUGAUCGACAUUGGAAAGUGGCAAAAUCAAUGGUGAUUCUCAUAACAUUCUAUUUUCUUGCUUGGACACCUUUGACGGUAUUCACAGCGUUUGACGAAAUUAGGAAACUUUUUAAAUAUAACUUAGGUAUACAUGAUCACAAUAAGUUAUGCAUCCUUUACUUUUGUUUACUAUGUGGAUUUGCAAAUGCUGCUGUAAAUCCUUUUAUUUAUUUUCAAAGAAAUAGCAAGCUAAGAAAAGCUAUGGCAACUUUGUUAAACCAAAUCUUAUGCUCCGCAUGUCGAGUAGCUGAAAUUGAAUUACUUAAUGAAAAUGACAACCUAAACGCCACAAAUACCGGAAAAAAUCUAAACAAGAACGGUUUUUGCGAUAACGUUUUUUUGAAUAAAAUAGUGGUAAAAAAAGAAACAAAUUCGCAACUUGAUUUAAAAGACUAAAAAAAAAUUUAUUUACAAAAAUUUCGUUUACAAAAAAAUGUUUGUUUACAAAUAAUUUUGUACAAUUUAAAUCAUCAUCGAUCAUAAUUGAUUACCAUCGAUCAUCAUCGAUCAUCAUCAAUCACUAUCGAUCAUUAUCGGUCACCAUCGAUCAUUAUCGAUCACCAUCGAUCACCAUCGAUUAUUUGAGAAUAAUUUUAAAAACUUUAAACAGCAAUAAAAUCUUGCUAUCGCAACUAAAUAACACUAAAAAAGCGUAACUUUUAAAAUUUAGUAUUUUCUUCAUGAAUAUCCAGAACGUUAUAGGCAAAGAUAAAGCAAUUUUCAAUAUUUAAGAGAUCAUAACAAUAAAUUUUUAUGCUUUUUUUUUCUGAGUUACUUAAUAUUUGUUAUACCUUGUAAAAUUUAGAUUAAAACUACAAUCCACUACUUCAAGUUAAUCCAAAGAAUGUUCCUGAAUACAUAAAUAAUCAAAGGUUAUAAAUAUACAAUUGUUAAUACAAUUUAAAAAUUUUUCUAAAUGCAGUAUUAUUAGUAGUAGAUAGCAAGUAGUCAAAAGUAUACGGCCACCAUCUUACUCCAGGAAAUGUAACCAACGAGCUGUCGUUUAUGUACUUUUUUUUGUACCUAAUAAAAAUCGUAACUAUUACAGAGUUUG